AUUUCCGGACGAGCAGAUUUCCGUUUCCGGUCGGCUUGUUGCCUUGGUAACUAGGACGCACAACCGUCGUGGCGGUUAUGGCGGGGCUGGCCGGAGCGCAGAUCCCCGAUGGCGAGUUCACCGCCGUCGUGUAUCGGCUCAUCCGGGAUUCCCGCUACGCCGAGGCGGUGCAGCUGCUGGGCGGAGAGCUCCCGCGGAGCCCGAGGAGCCGCGCCGGCCUGUCGCUGCUCGGCUACUGCUACUACCGCCUGCAGGAGUUCGCGCUGGCGGCCGACUGCUAUGAGCAGCUGGGCCAGCUGCACCCGGAGCUCGAGCAGUACCGCCUGUACCAGGCCCAGGCCCUGUACAAGGCCUGCCUCUAUCCAGAGGCCACCCGGGUCGCCUUCCUCCUCCUGGACAACCCCGCCUACCACAGCCGGGUCCUCCGUCUCCAAGCGGCUAUCAAGUACAGCGAGGGCGAUCUGCCCGGGGCCCGGAGCCUGGUGGAGCAGCUCCUGAGUGGGGAAGGCGGAGAAGACAGUGGGGGCGAGAACGAGCCCGACGGCCAGGUCAACCUGGGUUGUUUGCUCUACAAGGAGGGACAGUAUGAAGCCGCAUGUUCCAAGUUCUCUACGGCCCUGCAGGCUUCGGGCUACCGGCCUGACCUUUCCUACAACCUGGCUUUGGCCUAUUACAGCAGCCGGCAGUAUGCCUCUGCUCUGAAGCAUAUCGCUGAUAUUAUUGAGCAUGGCAUCCGCCAGCACCCAGAGCUAGGGGUGGGCAUGACCACGGAGGGCAUUGAUUUUCGCAGUGUUGGCAACACUUUAGUCCUUCACCAGACUGCUCUGGUGGAAGCCUUCAACCUCAAGGCAGCCAUAGAAUACCAACUGAAAAACUAUGAGGUAGCCAAGGAAACCCUCACCGACAUGCCACCUAGGGCAGAGGAAGAGUUAGACCCUGUGACCCUGCACAACCAGGCGCUAAUGAACAUGGAUGCCAGGCCUACAGAAGGGUUUGAAAAGCUACAGUUUCUGCUCCAACAGAACCCCUUCCCCCCAGAGACCUUUGGCAACCUGUUGCUGCUCUACUGUAAGUAUGAGUAUUUCGACCUGGCAGCAGAUGUCCUGGCAGAGAAUGCCCAUUUGACUUAUAAGUUCCUCACACCCUAUCUCUAUGACUUCUUGGAUGCCAUGAUCACUUGCCAGACAGCUCCUGAAGAGGCUUUCAUUAAGCUGGAUGGGCUAGCAGGGAUGCUGACUGAACAGCUCCGGAGACUCACCAUACAAGUGCAGGAAGCCAGGCACAAUAGAGAUGAUGAAGCUGUCAAAAAGGCAGUGAAUGAAUACGAUGAAACCCUGGAGAAGUAUAUCCCCGUGUUGAUGGCCCAGGCAAAAAUCUACUGGAACCUUGAAAAUUAUCCAAUGGUGGAAAAGAUCUUCCGCAAAUCUGUGGAAUUCUGUAAUGACCAUGAUGUGUGGAAACUGAAUGUGGCUCAUGUUCUGUUCAUGCAAGAAAACAAAUACAAAGAAGCCAUAGGUUUUUAUGAGCCCAUAGUCAAGAAGCAUUAUGACAACAUCCUGAAUGUCAGUGCUAUUGUAUUGGCUAACCUCUGUGUAUCGUAUAUUAUGACAAGUCAAAAUGAAGAGGCCGAGGAGUUGAUGAGGAAGAUUGAAAAGGAGGAAGAGCAGCUCUCCUAUGAUGACCCAGAUAAGAAAAUCUACCAUCUCUGCAUUGUGAAUUUGGUGAUUGGGACACUUUAUUGUGCCAAAGGAAAUUAUGACUUUGGUAUUUCUCGGGUUAUCAAAAGCUUGGAACCUUAUAAUAAAAAACUGGGAACUGAUACCUGGUAUUAUGCCAAAAGAUGCUUCCUGUCCUUAUUAGAAAACAUGUCAAAACAUAUGAUCGUGCUUCGUGACAGCGUUGUAGAAGAAUGUGUCCAGUUUCUAGAACACUGUGAACUUUAUGGCAGGAACAUACCUGCCAUUAUUGAACAACCCCUGGAAGAAGAAAGAAUGCAUACUGGAAAGAAUACAGUCACCUAUGAAUCCAGACAGUUAAAAGCUUUGAUUUAUGAGAUUACAGGAUGGAAUAUGUAGUAAUGUCUGAUAAUGGCUAUUAUCAAA